AAUAAGGUUCUUAUUAUAAGAUUCUAAAAAGUCCGCUUAUCUACAAAUUAAUAUGUUUAUGGUGGCGGCAUAAAGCGUCAUUUCGAGUUGAGGUUAUGUUUCUGUUACGUUUGGAAAAGUACAUAAAUAAAUGUUCAUGUAGCCGUUAAAUAUAUGUCUUUUUGUCAUUUCAUUGAAUUAUUUUUGUAAAAAAAUUACGGUAAGUUGUAAAGCUUAAAUGGGAAUAUAUAUGUAAUGUAUUAAUUUCUUUCAAAGUACAUUACCUUACCGGUUUAUGUAAACUCAAUGCUUAUAUUGUUUUUACAAGAUAUUUUCAAAUCAACAAAAUGUCAGGUGGUAUGCUUUAUGGGGGAGAUGAAAUUGGAGCUUUGGUAUUUGACUUGGGUCAUCAUUCUUUGAGAGUUGGUUAUGCUCAAGAAGAUACUCCAAAAGCUGAAAUUCCAGCAGUUGUAGGUGUAGGAGAAGAUGCCAAUUGUACAGCACCAAAAACAGAACCUAUGGAUAUUGAUGAUAAAAAAUCAGAUAAUAACAUUACACAGUCUGGGACCAAAUAUUAUAUUGAUACUACUAUACUUCAUGUUCCAAGAAAGAAUAUGGAAGUUGUUAGUUACAUGAAAGAUGGAAUGAUCGAAGAUUGGGAUCAUUUUGAAAAGGUUUUAGAUUAUACUUAUUCCAAAGUAAUCCAAUCGGAUGCAGAAUAUCAUCCUGUAUUAUUUUCUGAAUCACCAUGGAAUGUACGCAGUAAAAGAGAAAAACUAACUGAAUUAAUGUUUGAGAAAUAUAAUGUACCAGCUUACUUUCUGGUUAAAAAUGCAGUUCUUGCUGCUUUUGCAAAUGGCAGAGCAACUGGUAUUGUUGUUGAUAGCGGGGCAACGCAUACUUCUGCUGUACCAGUGCAAGAUGGUUUUGUGUUAACACAAGCAAUAGUCAAAUCCCCCCUUGGAGGAGACUAUAUAAGUAUGCAGUGUAGACAAUUUUUACAGGAUAAUGACAUUGAUCUGUCCCCUUCUUAUAUGGUGGGUAGUAAAGAAGUUGUUAAAGAUCAUGAAAAGCCAAGGUGGGUAAAAAAGAAAGGGUUGCCUGAAGUUACCAAAUCCUGGCACAAUUACAUGGUGAAGAAACUUAUUCAAGAUUUCCAAGCUACAGUGUUACAAGUAUCAGAAACUCCGUACGAUGAGAAAAUCGUUUCCACAAUUCCAGCUGUUCAAUAUGAGUUUCCUACUGGAUAUCAUCAGGAUUUUGGAAGUGAAAGAUUUCGCAUACCCGAAGCACUAUUUGAUCCUAGUAUAGUACAAAUGCGGGGUGGUAUGGUCGGCAAUACUAUGUUAGGAGUAGGACAUAUUGUUACCACUAGCGUGGGUAUGUGCGAUGUUGACGUAAGACCGGCCCUUUAUGGAAGUGUUGUUGUUACUGGUGGCAAUUCGUUUAUUCAGGGCUUUCCAGAACGUUUAAAUAGAGAUCUUUCUAUGAGAAUUCCCUCUAGCAUGAGACUGAAAUUGAUUAGCGUUAAUGGAUGUGCUGAACGGCGUUUUGGAGCUUGGAUAGGUGGAUCUAUUUUAGCAUCUAUCGGUACUUUUCAACAAAUGUGGAUUUCAAGUCAAGAAUACGAAGAAAGCGGAAAAAGUCAAGUAGAACGAAAAUGCCCCUAAAUUAAGAUGAUAAUUUAUUUUAACUUGUCUUUAUAUAGUAAUAUUAUUAAUACUUGUACAAAUACCUUUUAGAUAACUUUGAUUAAGUAAAUGGUUAUGAAACAUUACGAAACAUUAUGAAAAAUUAACUCUUAUAUACAGCAAAAAAUUUGAUUUUUCUUUAAUAUUGAUUUAAUCUGUGUUUUAAAUGUUGAUCUAAGACACGAAUAAGUAUCUUCUACUUAUACGAGAUAUUAAUUAAGGACUUGUAAAGUAUUCAGUAAAAAAUGAAAAUUUUAUUUAUUAUUAAUGCACCGCAUAAAUGCAAUAAAAUUUUAUAAGAAAUUAUGUAUAAAAAGUUUUAUUAAGAUUUUUAUAUAAACUUACGGUAAAAGGCUGUGUCUGUCAAACUUCUACAACUACUACUGUUCCUUUGUCACGUUCAUCUCUUUUUUCCAAUAAAUUUCAAGUGUAAAGACCGUU